GUGCUGCCAUUUGUGGCCAAGUACCAUCAGCGGGCAGGAGGGCUGCUUUGUUUACUAACAGUCCUCCCUGUUGGCUCUGUCACAAAACUGCUCUGGGUGGCUAGCAGUGUGCUUACAGAAGCACCAACACACAGCCCCCCAGUAAAACACUCCCAGCACACAGUUAACCCUUUAAUCACCCCUCAUGUUAACCCCUUCCUGCCCAGUGCCAUUAGUAACAGUGUCAGUGCUUUUUAUUUAGCACUGAUCACUGUAUUGGUGUCACUGGGGAUUUCAGUGACACCAAGUUAGUUCCCCCCAGUGUCUGAAUGCCCACCGCAAUCUCACAUAAAGUCGCGG